GGCAAGAAUCAGUCAGCGUUUGAGUAGAGGAGGGUGUCAUGCCCCUAGUUCCUUUUUUCAUUCAAGGCCAUCCUGCCUACUGGCAACAGCAUAUUAUCCUAUAACUAUUUCAAUUGAUAACAUCCUGGAGCAACACAGCUAACGGGUUACAGAGCUCAUCUGUGUAAAGUCAUUGCUCAAGACACAGCAACCAGCAAGAAGCCUGAAGAAAACAAUGACGGUCAAAUCUCUAUGCCUAAUCUUCACAGUGCUGCUGCCACUGACGGAGAGCAGCACAGUGACAUCUGGUCAGAGGUACAACUUCACUAAUGUGAUGACAGAAACACCGGUUACGCAAAAUACAUUCGCUCAGGACAAGAUGACAUCACAGGAAGUUUCCAGCUUAAAUCCAACCUCCAUAACUGAUACAACAGAGGAAAAAGCUACAACUCCACGGCAGACAUCUCCAACGACACCUUCUAAGACUUUCUUUCCAGGUAUUCCAACAUCAUCAAUUCCAACCAAUUCCACAUGGUCUCAGUCAAACAGCUCAACAGUAGGCAUGAAAUCCACAACAGAAAUUCCCCCUAGUUUCACAACAUCAGAAACAACGGAUGCAACCAGUCACGCUAGCAUUCCAACUACAACCAUAGGGACACCGUCAAUGUCAAGCAGUUCCAGCCAAAGGCAAUUCACCACUGACAAAACGACCCGUCCAUUUACACGUCCAACAUGGUCUACAAACCCCAACUCUACUACAACCACAUUUACUGAGCCUGUUGAAAACCUAUCUACCAACCAAUCUACAGACCAAUCUACAAACACAUCUACAAGUACAGUCAGAAGUGGUGAUGCUACGCAGUCCACAGGAUACACAACUUCAAUGGCCACCACAAAGAAACCAGUCAUCUACAUCACCAAGGCAAAUGAAGAGGUUCCAGAAAAAAAGUCAAAAAAUCAAGCACCCCAUGGUAAAGCGGUGGCUGGGCUGAUAGGCGGGGCACUGGUAUUGAUGAUGGUAGGAUUCCUGGUCAUGAUAAAGAAACGUAAGCUUCAGAAGCAGCAGAUUACAACUAGAGACUGGGCCGGUCCUUCACCAUUUCUUGAGGAAGGAGCUGACAAUGGCCAGGUAACGCUGAGGUCAUCUAACCGGAUUUCUCUUUCCAGCUUCCUGCCUGAGAGACUGUCCAAGAGGUUGUCCUUACUCCAAGAAACUGAUGAGGAGUUAAAAGACAUGACACAAGAUACUACAUUUGGAAAUAAAGGAAGUACAUUCGGUCGAGAGGGGGAUGGGAAUGAUGUACAAGAAAGCAAUGGGGUUGCUGUUCCAGAAAUAGAAAGCACAAGAGACCCUCCAAAGACUGUUGAAAACCUGACCUCUUCGCCAACAAAAGACACGGCCAUCACAAACAACAAUUCAGAGGUUGCAAUAGAAAAUGAAGAAAAUGUAGCAGAUCCUUCCACUCUAUCUGAAACUGUGAAAACUGAUUGAUGAGUUUGGGCGGCAACAAAGCGUGAAGUUAGCAAGACAUCCCCAAACACUCUGUGUCGUUAUUCUUGGUUUCUAGGCAGCAGUAACUGUGAAUGAGAAAACAGGAAACUACUGUAACUGAUCGCUUGAGGAAAUCAUGACGAGAAGUCAUAUUUAUUUAGAUCUCCACUGCAAGAAGUGGAGAAAAAAAGCGCUAUGAUAAAACAAAUGUUUUUGUUAUUGACAAAUGCUCAACCCUGUGUAAUGCACAGGGCAGUGUUAGAGUCAUAAGUCAGACUAUUGUACACUUUACUGCUAGCCAACCAGACUCUUAGUUUUAGUUAUCAGCAAAAUAAUGUGCCUCUCCUCAUCGCCCCUUCAAGGAUUCUGACACCAGACCUCUGCAGUAUUGUCUUUAUCACCCUGUAAACAUGUCACCUAAAGAGUAUCAAUCUAAAAUGCAUUUAUUCCAACACUUCUGGAGAGAACAUUUUCUAUAAAAAGGCGCAUGUAAUAAUAAUAAUAAUAAUAAUAAUAAUACAUGGGACUUUUAUAGAGCUUUUCAUGAAACUCAAAGACGCUUUGACAGAGAAUUAAGAGGAGACAAAAAGACAAGAGAAAACAAAAAAAAUUAGGCAUGUAGGCCCCUUUUCUUCUUUUCUCGCAGGUGCUGGUAAAGCAGAAGGUUACAGUAUGUGGUGGGGAGAACAAACAACAAUUACAGUUCAUUAUAAUUUAAUGUGCAAAUAUUGACCCAUUAGAAAAGGGUCACAGUAUAGGAUGAGAUCAUGGGUUAAAGGUAUGGCUGCACAAUUUGGAUAUAAUAACUAAUUGCAUUUAGUUAGACUGAUAUUGCAAUAUGAUUUGUGUUAUUGGAGAGCUUGUUCUUUUUUGCAUCAUUAUCCUGAUAAUCAUUGAGACAUAUAUUUAAAAUAAUUGCUAUGAUGUAUAUUUAUAUUUCACAUAUUUUGCCUGUAACAUAGUGUGCCUACUGAGAUUUGAAUAUUGCACUAGCACUUAUUACGAUGGAAUUGUGCAGCCCUUGUUGGUUUCUUAUGCUAAUACUGUGCUUAUCAUGUGUAUCUCUACGGUGUAGUCAUGAGAAGAGUAUGUACAUGUAUUUAAUCAAGUUGUUAGGUCAUCCUGUUCGUUUGCGUGUUGGUAAUGAUCCUGAUCAUAAACCUUUUAAUAAAGAGUAUGUAAAUGUAUAUUUUGUAUAUCAAAUAAUAAAGAAGUGUUAUUGUA